CGUGUCAAGCCAGCAAACGAGCUUGCGUGCGUAUUGUUUUCUCCGCGGAUUUUGCAUUUUACGAUUACUUUCCAGGCGGUACCGUCCUCAAACUUGCGUCUAAGUGGACUGUUGUAGUCAAUGGACCCUCAUGGACGUGAUUUUUCACCAUUAUUUGGCGGCCCCACUUAGGUUGAAAUAUCUCGAGGACCGUUGACCGUUUAAAAGUGAAGUGGAAACGAAUUGUUUUUGUUUUCGCGGGCAGCAGUUGGGGUUAACGACAGCCACUGGGGAAACUGCGGUAGUACGAUGCCAUCCGGAAUUGUUUAUAAAUUUGAUAGCGAAGGAUUAUUCACUGGGUCAGAGAAUAGCAUUCCUCUAGAUUACGCCAAGUUUAGCACAGUGGACGAAAACGUUAAGUUUCCCCGCUAGGAUUUCGCCGCACAACAAAAGUUCCAAGGAAAGUGUUAAUAUCCAGCAAGUUAGUCCAACGCCGAGCAAUAAUUCGUUGACCACGCCGAAGAAUAACGAAAUUAACAAUAUUAUGAACAACAAUUGUACGUCGUUGACCGAAGUCAAUCAAAUUUACUCCGAUCCUGAGUCUGAAAAGGCUAUUAUGAGCUCAGUAGUGUACUGUAUCCACCACAAGGAAGGAUGCAAGUGGUCCGAUGAAUUAAGAAAAUUAAAGGCUCAUUUAAAUACUUGCAAACACGAUGCCAUUCCUUGCACAAGCAAAUGUGGGGCGCAAAUUCCGCGAGUCCUUAUGGAAGACCAUUUAAAAUACACCUGUCCGCAGCGAAGAACGAGAUGCGAAUUUUGCAACAAGGAAUUCACGGGACAUUCAUUAGAGAACCAUGUAGGCAAUUGCGGUUUUGAACCUUUAUAUUGCGAAAACAAAUGCGGUGUGAAGAUACAUAGACGUCAUCUCAGUCAGCACAAAAUCACGGAAUGUUCGAAAAGACUCUUACCAUGUCGAUAUUGUACCAAAGAAUUCGUAGCGGACACCUUGGCCGCGCAUCAUCUAAAAUGCGGAAGAGUGCCAAUUCAGUGCCCUAACAGAUGUGAAGCAAACGUCUUGGCCAGAGAAGAGCUGGAAUCCCAUUUAAAGGAAGAAUGUACAAUUUCAGUUCACAGCUGUACUUUCAAAGAGGCGGGAUGCAGGUUUAAGGGUCCAAGAUUUUCUAUGGAGAAACACUUGGAAGAGAAUUGCCAACAGCACUUGCAAUUGAUGUGUGGUAUAGUGUCCAAGCAGCAACACCAAAUCACAUCUUUGAAAAGCGCGUUGUCAAGAUUGUCGCUCAAUUAUUCAGGCACUCUAAUAUGGAAAAUCAGCGACUUCUCUUCAAAAAUUACAGAAGCCAAAUCCAAGGAGGGGAUGGAACUCGUUUCACCUCCUUUUUAUACUAGUCAAUAUGGUUACAAACUCCAGGCUUCACUGUUUCCCAAUGGCAAUGGCGCAGGCGAAGGCAGCCACAUAUCCGUAUACAUCAAAAUUUUGCCAGGAGAAUAUGAUGCUUUACUAAGAUGGCCUUUUUCACACUCAGUGUCUUUUACAUUAUUUGACCAAUCGACUUGCUUAGAGAAAGCUUGCAAUAUAGUGGAAAGUUUUAUCCCCGAUCCAACGUGGAAAAAUUUCCAAAGACCAAGCAAAGAGCCGGAUUCUUUGGGAUUUGGAUUUCCAAAAUUUGUUUCUCAUGAAAUGUUGAAGAAAAGAAAUUUCAUGAAGGACGACGUUAUGUUUAUUCGGGUAAAAGUUGAUCCCAGUAAAAUUGUAGCAGUGUAGUAACAAUGAAUAUCUGGGCAUGUUGUAAAUCAAAGGAUUGUCUAGAAUAAUUGUAAUUGAUCUCUAACUCUUGUAAAUAUAUGUAUAAAUAGAUGUAAGUUCACAAGACUGUAGCCAUCAUAUAUGGCGCUGAUUAAAUUUGUAUCAACUCAAUAAGUGUAUAGCUAACAAUAAUUGUAGUUUAAUACAUAUUAAAUGAAAAAAACAGCUUCAAUGAAUUAACAAAAUUCGGUGUACAAAUAGACUGAACAAUAUUUUUUUACAAAAAUAUCAUUGAAAUAUUUUGUAACAAAAUUAGUUCACCUAGAGUUUUUGGCUUUAUAAAAAUUUAGAACAAAUUUUUAAUUUUUGUAUUUUUUGUGAUAGCUGGAACACACCAAAGCAAGAAUUAUGUAAAUACUAACUGGAUAGAAACAAUUUCAGAGUGGAUACCUACGCGCGCGCUCAUGCGAAGUAGGUUUUAGUCAUUUAU